ACAAAAAUAUGAGUACAAGUUCAGACGAAGGUAGUAGCAACCGAGGUACAAAUCAAGAAAAAAUGUAUAAAGGCAUUCGGUGUCGACGAUGGGGAAAAUGGGUAUCGGAGAUUCGAGUUCCAGGUAGCAAAGACCGACUAUGGCUAGGGACGUACUCUACCCCAGAAGGUGCGGCCGUGGCUCAUGAUGUGGCCUCUUAUUGCUUAAAAGGUGGCACAUCUUUGCAUAAACUUAAUUUUCCGUCUAUGUUACCUCCUACAGCACGGACCGAUCUGUCUCCUAGAUCGGUCCAAAAGGUUGCAUCCGAUGCUGGCAUGGCCAUGGAUGCACGGUUUAUUACUCAAACCGAUAGUGCACCAAAUAAUGAGGAGUUGAACAUUUCUGUAGAUGAUUAUCUUUGAGUAUGGUGGAGCUAGUAUAUUCACAUUUGAAGUUGACAUUGUUAAACUCAAUGUGUUAGUUAAUGAUUAAUGUAUUGAGUACGAUGUACGUAUAAAUCAA